UUGUUUCUUUGACAAAGAUUUGCCGAACACCUCGACAGCACCGCAACAACUCUCUACAGUACAUGUACUAGUAAUCCUUUGUGGAGUAGUGUUGCGCACCGCUUCUGUGUGUUGUUGUUGCUGAUAAGAGCUGUCACCUAUUGUGGUCAGGUUGUUAUAAUAGUAUCAACAGAGGUCCCCAUUCCCCAAGAUCAGGCUAGGCAUCCUUUGGCUAUUAGUGUCUACCGCGACAAUCCGUUGACCCGAAGAAUAAAGGACUCAAUCCCUGUUCUUUCUACGGUAUCCACGAAGCAAGCAACCAAACAAAUCAAUCAACCAUGAUAAUUAACGCACCCACCAUCGCGCUGACACUCGUCGUGAUUUCCUUUUUCCUGUACGGAGGCCUCGUCUUUAUCCGAAAGUUUGCGCUGCAGAUUGCCCAGCAAAAUCACGACGCUAUAUUGGCGAUGGAUCAAGCGGAUGAAGAAAAACGACAAAAGAGAGAACGGGCCGCCGAUGCUGCAGCGGCAUCCGCCUAUGCCAAUGUGGAACCAUUGAUUACACAAUCCAAGUCCACGGAUACAGCCAAUUCCACUGCCACGCCGCAAGUUUGAGGAACGAAGGAAUGAUGAAUUGAAGAAUACAGAAUGUCAAAAUGGAUUUUAAUAGGCUCGGGACUAUGUUACCUGCCAAGAGAAGCCUGCAACGAGAGAGUUUCCCAGAAAGUCAAAACAAUAUACAUUGAUUCGAAUGCGUACCAGGGGGCACAUUUAGUUCAUUGGAAAGCAUCUUUGUCCGCAAAAUUUUCAAGGAUGCUCCAUAGAAAAGAGUUAAGAAUCGAAUCAUGCUCAUGCCACAACAACUCUAUACUAGGAAAACGAUUUCGCUGUUAAAAAAGGAGAUCUGGCAACUCUGUCUGGGUCUGCUUACCGUGAGUCUUGGAACGAGUAUUUAUUUAUUAUUUGUGAUCAGACUCAGUCUGUGGUCAGCAUUGGAAAUCUCGUGUUUUGACUGGACUGGAGUAGACUAGAGGAUGUGUGGAUUGCACGGACAGAUACAUUGCUAUUUGUUAGUAUUAGUUCAUUUUGUCUGCAGUGCCAAACUCUCAAGGCAACUAGAAAUUUCUGGCUAGUAGGAGUGCCCAUAUGCUUGAUGAUGAAACUUUAUAGCUAGGUAGACCUGUCCAUAGUGUACCUGAUCAAAAGGCAGAGUAUUACUUUAGU